AGAUGUACACCCUACUAAUGCAACAUACUGCUAUGCAUUAGUUUCCUGGCUAUGGAAAAAUAUUCUUGUACAUGAUUUUUCCAUUUAGUGACGACACUUGUGGUCUGGACAGUUAGUCUACAAUUAUUGGUCCUAAAGGACAGCUUUUUCAAAGUGUGAGAAAAAGCAAAGAGCAAACAAACCUGCAAUGAGCCCCCUAAAUUCAACCUUUUUUAAUGCCACUAUUGUGCAUCCUGAGUACUUUUUCAUAACUGGUUUAUCUGGUAUUCCCCACACAAAAUACUACUAUGUGUUCUUGUGCCUUGUUUAUGCUGUGUCUGUACUGGGAAACACUUUUGUCAUGUUUGUGAUUUACAGUGACCACUGUCUUCACAGUCCGAAAUACAUUGCAGUGUUUAAUUUGGCUGUGUCUGACUUGUGUGCAAGUACGGCACUCGUUCCUCCGUUGAUUGACACCUUUCUGUUUAAAUCACAGUUAAUCUCCUACGAGGCCUGCUUGAGUAAUAUGUUUUUUGUUUUUUGGUUUCUCUUCAUGCAAUCUUUCACUCUUACUGUUAUGUCCUAUGAUAGAUGUGUUGCUAUAUGCUUUCCACUAAGAUACAAUGAGAUUGUGACAAAUAAAUCAAUGCUGGUGAUCACAAUCAUAUUUUGGAUUAUUGCAGGACUGGCCGUUCUCACACUAGUACUUUUUGUUAACACACUGUCAUUCUGCAAAUCCACUGUGAUAAACAGCUAUUUCUGUGAUCACGGACCCACAUACCGUUUAGCAUGCAAUGACAACACUCCAAGUGAUGUGUUGAGUUGGACACUUCCUGCUCUGAUGUUAUGGCUUCCAUUACUGUUUAUUACAGGUACAUACAUCUGUAUAGCCCGUGCGUUAUUGAAAAUUGCAACAGCUUCAGAGCGACUCAAAGCCAUGAAAACCUGCACCGCACAUUUGAUCUUGGUGGGUGUGUAUUAUUUUCCUGUAUGUAUCAUCUAUGGAGCAAUCGGCUCCUUCGUUCACCAUAACGUCAGGAUUAUCAACACAUCUCUGGCGAUGGUCUUGCCGCCUAUGCUUAAUCCGAUCAUUUACUCGCUGAAGACGGAAGAAUUCACAGAAUCCAUUAAAAAGCAGUACAGAAGAAGGAAGAUACAAAUCAUUGUAAUGAAUAAAUGAAUGCAUUUUUCAAUCACAAUUGGCUGACUGGUACUUUUAAGCAUGUUCAU